AUGGACACUACACCUGAACCAUCUAGAGCCACGACGCUGCCGAACCAAAGCCCUAAACGAGCCCGAAGUUCACCUACUCCUAGUCCAGCAGACAUAAGUAAACGCUAUCGUAGAGAGGGCACUCCCCUUCUCUUUUCACAUUCAGACUCGUCUUCCCCUUCCACACCAUCUGAAUCUUCACCACGUGAUCCAGGAUCCGCCAACCUUUCUUCCUUCUGUGCGUUUUUGGACCAGCAAACCACCCCUCAGUCUCCAUCCAAGUCGAGACAUGUAUCCAGACCUUCCCCUCCUCGAACCAGAUCCCAGUCCGUUCCCAAUGCUACAAUUCUAACAACUACCAAACCAGUACCAAUCACACCUUCGACGACCAUUAUAUCCGCUACCAAACCGUAUUAUCACCAAACCAAGGACAAAUCAUUAUGGAAGCUACCCGCUCUAAAGAAAUCUACCUUAAUUAUUGGAUCAUCUAACCUGAAUUGA